AUGAGCUGUCAGAUCUCCUACCAGUCUCGAGGAAGAGGAGGAGGUGGAGGAGGAUUCCGGGGCUUCAGUAGCGGCUCGGCCGUGGUCUCCGGUCGAAGCCGGCUAUUAGGAACCAGCUCCUCCUGCUUGAGCCGUCAUGGUGGUGGCAGCGGGGGCUUUGGCGGAGGCGGAUUCGGCGGAGGUGGCUUCAGCAGUCGGAGUCUCAUUAACCUUGGAGGGUCCAGGAGCACCUCCAUUAGCGUGUCUGGAGGAGGUGGAAGCUUUGGCUCCUAUGGAGGAUUUGGUGGCAGAGGAAGUGGCUUUGGAGGCGGCCUCGGCGUUGGAGGAGGCAGUUUUGGUGGAGGCCGCUUUGGAGGUGGUGGUGGCUUUGGAGGUUUUGGGGGUCCUGGUGGCUUCGGGGGUCCUGGUGGCUUCGGCCCUGGAGGAUUCCCUGGUGGAGGUAUCCACGAAGUGUCUAUCAACCAGAGCCUCCUGCAGCCUCUCAAUGUGAAAGUUGACCCGGAGAUACAGAACGUGAAGUCUCAGGAGCGGGAGCAGAUCAAAGCUCUCAACAACAAAUUUGCCACCUUCAUCGACAAGGUGCGAUUCCUGGAGCAGCAGAACCAGGUGCUGCGGACCAAAUGGGAACUGCUACAACAAAUCGAUGUGGGCACCCGUACCACCAACCUGGAACCCCUCUUCCAGGGGUACAUCAGCCAACUUCAGAGUCAUUUGGACAAGCUUUCUUCAGAAAGAAUGUCACAAGAGUCAGAGCUGAACAACAUGCAGGAUCUUCUUGAGGAUUUUAAGAAGAAGUAUGAGGAUGAAGUCAACAAGCGCACAGCUGCUGAGAACGAGUUUGUGACACUUAAAAAGGAUGUGGACCAUGCCUACACGAACAAGGUGGAGCUGCAGGCCAAGGUGGACUUGCUGAGACAGGAAGUGGAGUUCACAAAAAUGCUCUUUGACGCAGAGCUGUCCCAGAUGCAACAGAGUGUCACCGACACCACCGUCAUCCUGUCCAUGGACAACAGCCGCAGCCUUGACUUGGACAGCAUUAUCGCUGAGGUCCGGGCCCAGUACGAGGAGAUUGCCCAGAGGAGCAAGGCCGAGGCCGAGGAGGCGUACCACAGCAAGUAUGAGGAGCUCAGGAUAACUGCUGGAAAGCAUGGAGACAGCCUGAAGGAGGUCAAGAUGGAGAUCAGCGAGCUGAACCGCAUGAUCCAGAGGCUGCAAGGCGAGAUCGCACAAGUGAAGAAGCAGUGUAAGAAGGUACAAGAAUCCAUUGCAGAUGCUGAGCAGCGGGGAGAGAAUGCCCUCAAAGACGCCCAGAGCAAGCUGAGUGAUCUGGAAGAGGCUCUGCAAAAAGCCCGUGAAGACCUGGCCCGGCUGCUGCGUGACUACCAGGACCUGAUGAACACCAAGCUGUCCCUGGAUGUGGAGAUUGCCACCUACCGCAAGCUGCUGGAGGGCGAGGAGUGCAGGAUGUCUGGAGACCUCAGCAGCAACGUGACUGUGUCUGUGACGAGCAGCAGCAUUUCCUCAAGCGUGGCCGCCAGGGCUGGCUUUGGAGGUUAUGGUUCUGGAGGUAGAGGGUCCAGUUCUGGAGGCGGAUUCAGCUCUGGAAGCAGCAGUUACAGCUCUGGAGGCAGACGAUCUGGUUCCAGAAGUGGCGGUGGAGGGAGCUACGGCUCUGGAGGUGGCUCUCGAGGAGGCUCUAGUUUCGGAGGAGGAUACAGUUCUGGAGGGAAACACAGCUCUGGAGGCGGCGCCAGAGGAGGGUCCAGCUCUGGAGGGGGCGCUUAUGGCUCUGAGAGGGGUGCUUCUGGCUCAUCUGAAGGCGGCAGUUCCAGCGUGACCUUCUCAUUCAGAUAA